AUGGAACAAACGGUCGAAGCAAAAGUGGAUAAUAAAACGGAAACUCAGUUUUCACAAUCUGCAGUAACAGUCGUACCUUCUGACCUUCUGAAACCGCCUCCUUUGUUGCUUUUAUUAAUCGAAAAGAUGACUAGUGGCGCACGAAAAUUUGUUGUACUUGAUUUCGGUGUUCCUAUACUUUUGACUGAUCUAAUUAUCCCUUCAACCGCUGAAGUUGCGUCUGUUACUGUUGAUGUAUGGCUACUUGGUGAAAGUAUCGAUGGGCAAAGAUUGUUAUAUUCAUCAGAAAUAUCGAAAAAAAAUGUUGUGUUACAAGAUAUUGCUCCCUUUAUGUUAAUACGAUACCUUAAGUUAACUUAUACCGGAUGUCAUAUGUUCAGUCCAACAUGUCGAAUACCUCUUGGUAUGUUUUUUGGUCAUCGUUUUUUCUGUUCAUGGCAACAGUAUGCUUUUCCGGUCCUACUUAGUCAGUUUCCUUCUUGCCCAGCUCUCAGUUCUUCGCAGGAUAGUCAGUCUAUCAGUUUGGUUCAUCUUCAACAGUUCUCUGAGGAUCUUAGAUGUAGGCACCAGUUGGCCAGUGCAGAAUUAAAACAAUUGGUUCGAAUUCGUUCCGAUGAAAAAGAAGUAUUUUAUUUAUAUAACGAAUGUUUACAGCUGCGUAUUCAGUGGAAUAUUGUUCGAGGAGUGGUUAAUCGGCUGGAAUACGAUCAGAUGAUAAAUAAAGGUUAUGAUGAACCUUUACAAAAAAGCUGGAAGGAAUGCUGCUCUGAUCAGUUAAGAAUAAUCGCUGAAGAAUUAUUUGCUUUAUUGAGGCAGUGCUACUCUUUAUUAGAUGUACGAUAUUACUCAGACGCUAGUUCUAGUAAAUUUGUUCCAGAGGCAGUGAUUGAAACUAUAACUAAAAAAAAAGAGAAUUCUACUGCAUUAAAUGUUCCGAGCUUGGUUGAUAUUCGUUCACUACCACAAUUUCUCGAUUUACAUGGAGCGUUGCGAAUAUUUGAUCUUUUUUGUACACAAACAGUUCCUAAAUUGCGGGCUGAAUGUGCAAGUUGGCUCUUGGUUCAAGGCGUUGAAAUGGAUUGGUGGCCAAAGUUCUUUCCUAACGUCUUAAAAAAAUUUUUUUCUGCGUCUGGCAAAAGAGGAGAUCAAGGGUUGGCAAUUUUUGAAAAUUUAGGAUUGAAAUCGUUGUUUUAUGGUUAA